AUGGGUAUUCUUGAAAAAAUCCAAGAAAUAGAAAAAGAAAUUUCACGAACUCAAAAGAAUAAAGCCACGGAAUAUCACCUUGGCUUAUUAAAAGCAAAGUUAGCACGAUAUAGGGUUCAAUUAUUAGAACCAACCAAAGGAGGAGUCAAGGGAGAAGGAUUCGAUGUAAUGAAAAGUGGGGAUGCGCGAGUCGCAUUAAUAGGAUUUCCAUCGGUGGGCAAAUCUACAUUACUUAAUAAACUUACGAAAACACAUUCAGAAGCAGGUGCAUACGAAUUCACCACAUUAACAUGUAUUCCAGGAAAGAUCGAAUAUAAUGGAGCUAACAUUCAGUUACUUGAUUUACCUGGAAUUAUUGAGGGUGCAUCUCAAGGUAAAGGACGUGGUAGACAGGUUAUUGCAGUUGCUAAAACAGCAGAUGUGGUUCUUAUGAUGCUGGAUGCAACUAAAAGUUAUCAACAACGAGCAUUACUAGAACGGGAAUUGGAAGCUGUUGGGAUCCGAUUGAAUAGACAGAAACCUAAUGUUUAUUUCAAGGUUAAAACAGGAGGUGGAAUAGGUUUCAAUUCAACUGUUCGAUUGACUCAUGUGAAUGCUCAAAUGUGUUAUAAUAAAAUAGAUUCGAUUACUUUGGAAGAAUUAGAUCGUCUUGCUAGAGAACCAAAUACAAUUGUAAUAAGUUGUGAAUUAGAUUUGAAUUUAGAUUAUUUAGUGGAAGAGGUAUGGCGACAUCUUAAUUUAUUGCGUGUAUAUACUAAAAAACGAGGAGAAUAUCCUGAUUUUGAGGGUGGUCUGAUUGUUAGAAAUGGAUCUACCGUUGAACAUGUGUGUCACUCCAUUCAUCGAUCACUAGCUGAAGAGUUUCGAUACGCGUUAAUAUGGGGGACUUCAACAAAACAUAAUCCACAACGAGUCGGAUUAUCGCAUGUGGUUGAGAAUGAGGAUGUGAUUCAAGUGGUGAAAAAGAAAUAA